GAUAAUGUUGUUGUUUUUUUUUGUAAUAAAACUUUUUAAAUAAUUGAAUUUAAUUUGCAUUUAUUUGCAAAAGAUAUCCCUAUAUUUUAGUCAAGUGAUUUGUGUAGUGCUUUUCAGAAGACAAAUUGUUUCAAAGCAGCUUUACAGGAAGUUAUAUCGUAUCAAAUUCACGUUUUAAAAAGACAGCUAAUUUACCAUUUAUUCUCUCUAUUUUUAGUCAUAUUUAGUCAAGUUGAGUCAUUUGUACAGCACUUUUGAGAAUACGUAUUGUUUCAAAGAAGCUUGACAGGAAGUUAUAUUGUAUCAAAGCCAUACUAUAGUCCCUACUGAACAGUUUGAAAAUCAUGCCACAGUGCAUUUGCUUUUAAUUUAAUUUAAUUUAAUUUAUUUAUUUACAGGGGCAAUGCACAUUAAUAAACAUAACUGUAAAUGUGCCAGAAUUAGCCCAAAAGGCUAUUUUACAUCUGUAGACCCUUGACAGAAUGUUAAAACGUCACCCUAAAAACAAAGACAAACCGUCAUACGAUACACAUCAUAUAAAGAGAGAGUAAGGAAAGAGAAAAAAUAUAUUGCUUUUAUAUCAAUAUAUUAGACAAAAUAUGAAACUCAGAUCAGAUCAGUUUACAAGAACAUUAUGCUAUGUAGAUAGAUACAUACAUACAGUUAGCCUAACCACAUUGAUUGGUUAUUUAUUUAUUUGUAAUGUUUUAGCACCCAUUGUUACUUUGAGAGUUGCCGGGAAUGAAUUUUGUUGUAUUUUAUACAAUAACAACAGGGUUGACUUAUCUGCUACAGCAUUUAACAUUUUCUUUGGCUUUUUAUUUUAGAGAUACAAAGUGAGAGAGUUGAAAUGAGCAAAAAGCGAGGGCAGGCAGGUCGGAACACACGAGUGCAGAGCUCUUUGAGGAUGUACUGAGAGGAAACCAGGCCAGGCUUAAGAGCUGCAGAGACUAGCAGCAAAUCUGCCCUGAGACCGAACUGACAAUCACGUAGUGCUGCCACGGGGCUUUUGGGAACAGAAAAGAGAGCUGAGACUCCAGAGCUUUGCUUUGUUUGUGUGUAUAUGUUUAAAUAUGUUUAUAUAUGCAUGUGACCCUGUGUGUAAGUGUUAGAGUGAAAUGAGAAAGCCAUUCGAUGCUUGUUAAGGAUUGGGGUGUAAUGUUUUAUGUAGUCCAUUUUGAGGGCAUAAUCUGUCUACGAACUAACUCUAGGUAAAGACCCAAAGGAUCAUUUCAUAAUGCUAAGAGACAUAAAGUGAGUGCUUGAAAAGAUUGGGAAUGUUAGAAGGAGAGGGAGAUAAAGAAGAAAAAAGCAUUAUAUAAUCUCCUUCCACAUAUUUAGCCCAAUCAAAGGGGCUUUAGUGUUCUUUGUUCCUCGGACCUAAUGCAGAUGCUUUGUGUAUUAGUUAUGAAACACAUCUAUUUAUUUUCCGCCAGUCUCAGGGGAGUCCCGCACUUAGCGAUUUGUUUGUGAUUAUUUCUGUUUGUUUGUCUCUGCCUUUUUUCAGAGGAGAGUAGCUGUGGGUUAGAGCCACAUGCACAGGUUGAUGCGAUGGCUCGCUGCAGCACAGGGGACAGCAAAUGUGUUGCUGCAUGAGGAAUCACAGCAGGUCGCUAUAGAUUUCUGUCAUUACAUACCCUACGUAAUAUGCAAAAAGGAAUAUGUCAAAUAGGACGUUAGAAUGCCUCUGUAGACUGCAUCUGUGAGCUUGAGGGAUUUUAAAGUGUGCAACCAGUUGACACUUUGCUGUUUGAUUAAGCCAUGGAAACUGAGGAACUGCAGUAGUAAAAAAAAAGUAAAAAGGGAUUUUGUGGUUUCUGCUGGUACACCAUGGUCAAAGUGUGCAUUCACAGGUUUAAAGACAAUGUGGUGUAUCAUAAUAUAAUUGUUUUAUUUAAUUUUAUUUAUUCUUUUUUUUUUAAAUCUUGUUAGAGCCCUAGUUGUUGUUGUUUUUUUUCUCACAUAUUUUUCUUUUUAUUUAUCUUGUCACAGCCCUAGUUUUUGUUUUGUUUUGUUUUUUGUUUUGUUUUGGCGCAUCCCCAAUUAUUUAGAUUUGUUCUUAAAACAUUUAUUGUCUACCAUCAUGACAUAAAAAUGAAAUGAACCAGCAUUGAAAAACAUCAAGACGUCCUACAUUAUUUCCUGCUUUAUUUCCAGCCUAUGAAAUUUUAUGUUUGAUACUCCAACUAGUCCUAUAUAUGCUUUGACAAUGACCAAAGAUGCUUGAGGAUUUACUGUACAGUGCCGGUGUAUUAGUUGCAGUAAAGUAUGGAGAGACUGACAUACGAUCACAAACCCUACGGAAAAUCACAAAGCACAGCUUCCCAAGCUGAGUGUGGCAUUCCUGCAUUGUUAGCAGCUAGAACUGGUUUCCACACUGUGAGAUUUUGCAGCUUUUCUGCAUUGUUGUCUUUUUUUGUUGCGUUACUGAAGAACAAUGCUGAUCUGUUAUGUGUGUGGUCUGCGUGUGUGUAUAAGCCUGGUUUUGGAUGAUGAUGAUGUUAUGGGUUUGUUUUCGGGCCCAGUUGGCAAUGGUGGAAGCAUUAGGAACGGAUAAAGCUUUGAUCAUUGGUGAGGUGUGUCUGUGUGUUCGGGUCCAGAUGGUUGCUUGCGGGUAAAGGUGCAGCCUCGCUGUUUGUUCCACUUUAGUUCUGCAGUUUCUCUACGUCUUGCUCUAUAUGAUGAGUGUGAGUCGUGCCCGGGGCAAGUGAACUCCGAACAACUCUGAUCCGCAGCGUGUACCGCAUGUUCGGUCUCGGUAAUUCAUAGCUUCAUAUCUCUGCAGCAGUCUCCCCCUCUGCGCUCCACACGUGCUCUUAUUCUUACGCACUUCUCCAUAUCUCUCUCUCUCUCUCUCUCUCGCGCUAUCUUCCCCCCUCCCCUUCCUUUGCUCCAUCUCUCUUCCUCAUGUGCGAUCGCACCUCUCUCUUCCAGACAGUUUGUGUCCUCACAUCUCUGUUUCUUGCUGUCUUCCGCUCCAUCCUUCUUCCUCUCCGUCUUCCCCAUUACCUCUCGUUCUACCGGGAACCGGCGGUCUCAAACUGCGCCGGAGCCGGGACGGCCACUGGAAGUGUUGGAUUCCUGGUCUGCCGAGAGGAUUAAGUGGAGUGGACAGCUGGCAGAUGAUCAGAGUGAGAGCAGCAGCCAGGACUGGCUCGUAUUUAUUGAGAGGAUUGGAAGAUUGUGCAGAUAUUGGCCGAGCUCUGCGGGACGGGGCCAGGAAGCCUCUGGGCUGUUUUGUGUAAUGUGAAAACCUGCCCUGAGGGUCCUUUGGCAUCUCGACAUCUUCCGCCGAAGCUUCCGGCAACUGAACACCCACAAGUGCAUGGAGGACUCGUGCAUCUUCUGCGCUCUCAAGAGCAUCUUUGCCCAGUUCCAGUUCAGCAGUGAGAAGGUGCUCCCAUCGGACGCUCUGCGCAGCGCUCUGGCCAAAACCUUCCAAGACGAGCAGCGCUUCCAGCUGGGCAUCAUGGACGACGCGGCCGAGUGUUUCGAGAACCUCCUGAUGCGGAUCCACUUCCACAUCUCGGAUGAGACCAAGGAGGACAUCUGCACAGCCAAGCACUGCAUCCCACAUCAGAAGUUUGCCAUGACACUUUUCGAACAGUGUGUUUGUAAUAAUUGUGGAGCCACGUCGGAUCCUCUCCCCUUUAUUCAGAUGGUGCACUACAUCUCCACCACCUCUCUCUGCUGCAGUAACCAAGCUGUGCGAAUGCUGGAAUGUAAGGAGAAGCCCACGCCUGACAUGUUUGGAGAGCUUCUCCGCAAUGCCAGCACCAUGGGCGACCUGCGAAACUGUCCGAGUAACUGUGGUGAGAUGUUGCGGAUUCGGCGGGUUCUGAUGAACUGCCCGGAGAUCAUCAGCAUCGGCCUGGUGUGGGACUCGGAUCACUCUGAUCUAGCCGAAGACGUCAUCCACAGCCUGGGCACGUGCCUGCGGUUGGGUGAUCUGUUCUACCGUGUGACGGAUGAGAGGGCCAAACAAUCGGAGCUCUACCUUGUGGGCAUGGUUUGCUACUACGGCAAGCAUUACUCCACCUUCUUCUUCCAGACCAAGAUACGCAAGUGGAUGUACUUCGAUGAUGCACAUGUGAAGGAGAUCGGACCUAAGUGGAAAGAUGUGGUGUCGAGAUGUAUAAAAGGCCACUACCAGCCACUUCUGCUGCUGUACGCUGACCCCCGAGGGACGCCCGUGUCAACGCAAGACAUGCUGGCAGCGCAGCUGGACCUGCACCACAGUAGCAAGGCCGGCUAUGACAGCGAAGACUCCGGGAGGGAGCCCUCAAUUUCAAGUGACACACGCACAGACUCUUCCACAGACAGCUACAGCUACAAGCACUCUCGAUCACACCAUGAGUCCAUGGCCUCCCAUUUCUCUUCUGACUCUCAGGGAACUGUGGUGUGUAAUCAGGACAGCAGCGGUUCCCAGAACAGCAUGGACACUGCAGGGGAGGUUCUUAAAGACCAGGCCACUCCCCUUUGUACGCCGAGGCCCUCUUCUACUGGCCAUCUGCAGGACUAUAAAGAGACUGUGAAUAUGAUCCACAGCAGACCCCUCUCAUCGUCCUCUAGCUCAGGGGUGGGCGGCUCGGAGGCUGGGGCGCGGGCGAGAGAUUGGGAAGACGAGAGCACCAGCAGCGAGUCCAAGUCCAGCUCCAGUGGAGGGCGCUAUCGGCCCACAUGGAGACCCAGAAGAGAGGCCCUGAACAUUGACAGUAUCUUCAGCCGGGAAAAGCAUCUGCCGGCUGGCUACACCACGCUCGGACCUUCCCCGCUGCCGGAAGACCCGAUGUCACCAGGGCACAGUGAGCUGGUCUCAGGGGCUGCAGUGGAGGGGUCAAGCAUUGCAGGAGCAGAGAUGGGGGGCAUGACCGAUGGCUCAGGGGGCGUGCCAGAAACAGAAGUGGAGCAUCUACCGAUCCCACCACCUUUAAGAGGCGUGGAACAGCAGCCUCGGCUGAUCCAGAGGAUGGAGAGCGGCUAUGAAAGUAGUGAGAGGAACAGCAACAGCCCCAUCAGCAUGGACAUGCCCCUCAGCGACAACCCAAGCACCAGUGCUCACAGGGACAGCGGCAGUAAGAGACCCGUGACUUCUGGGCCCUCCUGGCGCACAGUGCCCAAAUCCAAAAGCAGCAGUGCCAUCCUGCAAGACCUCAAAUCACCCACCUGGAGCAGCAGUCCACUGAGUUUGGGAGAGGGGCGCAGCGAGCUGGAUGAAUUGCAAGAGGAAGUUGCUCGCAGGGCCAGGCAGCAGGAGCUCCAGAGGAAGAAGGAGAAGGAGAGAGAAGCAGCGCAGGGCUUCAAUCCCAGACCCAGCAAGUUCAUGGACCUGGACGAACUUCAGCACCAGGGGAAGGGGGGCAGUUUUGAGCACUGCCUGGCGGAGGCUGACUCUCUCUUAGAGCAGUCGCUGCGCCUGGAGCAAGCUGGGGAUACAGCUACAGCCCUGGCGCUCUCCCACCACGCUGUGUCUAAACUAAGAUUUUCCAUGCAUGAGGGCAGUGCUAACACUCAUAGCAGGACUAUGGCUGCUGACGCCAAGCUGCAAAAAUGCAUGAGGAGAGCGCGGGGCCUACAGCAGCGCAUGCAGCAACAACAAGAGCAGCAGCAGGAGCCCAGCCGCCCACAGGGGCCCACCAGUGAACAGCCUGGCCCGGUCCAAGUAUUGUUGACAGACAAUCAGGAAGAGGUCUGGGAGACCAAUCAGGAUUCUGUGCUUGGCCCACCCUCUCCUCAACACAUGAAAUCACCCUCCUCUUGUACAAACUCUCCAUCUCAGCCUUCUAGCCGCCCAUCGCUCAAACCCCGGCCUGCCUCUUCUCAGCCACAGCCCCAAGAGCGUGAUGAACGCAUCAAUUGGACAACCCAGAAUGAGGACGAAUGGGGUGGCAUCAGAUUAUCAGAUGUUCUCCAAGCAUCAGGCAUUCGGAUCAUGCCCAUACGCAAGCACCUUGCCAUAUCUCUGCCCUCUUUGCCCCUUGACUUCUGGGGUGUAUUGGGAGAGGACGAAGAGGUCUCUAGCUGUCAGCACCCUCAAUCUCCAAAUCCUCCUUUGUGGCAGGGCACUGCAGAUAGUCCAGACCGGAUACACCAAUCCAGCAAUCCCAGUCCACCACCCGCCCCUGUUGAGGAGAAGGGGCCAGUGCCACGAAGAGCCCCCAUAUGGCAACCCCUGUGUGCAUCUUCUCAGCCCUGCACCAAAUUGACCCCUCCAAUUGCUGCCCGUCAUUGGUCCUCUUGGAGCCUAGACCGUCCUGAUGCUGUUGUCAACCCCUAUGACACACCUCCUGACCAGAACCAGCAGACAGGACCUGCCCUCUCUCAACACACACCUGGAAGACACCUUGCUCCUCAUAGUCCCAUGAGCACCAGGAAGAAGAACAUCCCUAAGUACUCAAACUUCCAGAGCAUGGAGUUGGAACCCACAGAAGCCGAAGACCAGGAACUCUCUGAAUUGGACUCACUUUACCAGGCUAGCCUGCAGGCUGACCCGGGUCCUGGCCGUGCACUGCGUGGUACCAGCUCACCUGCUGUUGCGAGACCAGUACCUCCUGCUGCACGAAAGCUGCUCACUGGAGUCGGACGCUCUCGGACCCCCACAGCUGAACUUGAGAGAACCGUUUAUGGACCACCAGGUUGUUACAGCCCUACUGGAUACAUGAACAUGCCCCUGUCAGUGGCCCAUCAAGAGCCUCAGUCAGGAGAGGAAGACCAGUAUGAUGCAGAUCACCUGCGCCGUAUUGCUCGCAGCCUGAGUGGAACAGUCAUUGGCCGUCGCCAGAACCGUCUUGCCGUCUCCCGAAGCUUCGUGGCAAUGGUGCAGGAUGUUCGACAUACUUUCCCCACAGUGGAUGUUCCAGACCACGCUCACUACACCAUCGGCUCUGUCAUUCUGGCAGUGGGCAUCACCGGCAUAGUGGGAAACUUCUUGGUCAUGUAUGCCUUCUGCAAGAGUAGGAGUCUGAGAACACCUGCCAACAUGUUCAUCAUUAAUCUAGCUGUCACAGACUUUCUGAUGUGUGCCACUCAGACGCCAAUCUUCUUCACCACCAGUUUGCACAAGCGAUGGAUCUUUGGGGAAAAAGGAUGUGAGUUAUAUGCAUUCUGUGGCGCUCUGUUUGGUAUCUGCUCAAUGAUCACACUCAUGAUUAUUGCAGUAGAUCGAUACUUUGUGAUCACUCGUCCUUUGGCCUCUAUUGGUGUUAUGUCACGCAAACGAGCCCUGUUGAUACUCUCUGCUGCUUGGGCGUACUCUAUGGGCUGGAGCCUGCCUCCGUUCUUUGGAUGGAGUGCGUAUGUCCCUGAAGGUCUGCUGACAUCCUGUUCUUGGGAUUACAUGACUUUCAGUCCUUCUGUACGAGCCUACACAAUGCUGCUCUUUACUUUUGUUUUCUUCAUCCCGCUUUUUGUCAUCAUUUAUUGCUACUUCUUCAUCUUCAGGGCCAUCCGAGAUACCAACAGAGCUGUCGGAAAAAUCAAUGGAGAAGGAGGACCCAGAGACUCUAUCAAGAAGAUGCAUCGAAUGAAAAAUGAAUGGAAGAUGGCAAAGAUAGCACUCAUAGUGAUCCUUUUGUAUGUCGUCUCCUGGUCUCCGUACUCCUGUGUGGCUCUUACUGCUUUUGCUGGCUAUGCUGACAUGCUCACACCCUACAUGAACUCUGUGCCUGCUGUGAUUGCCAAAGCAUCCGCCAUCCACAACCCAAUCAUCUAUGCCAUCACUCACCCCAAAUACAGGUCUGCCAUUGCAAAGUAUAUACCAUGUCUGGGGGUCCUGCUGUGUGUGCCUCGUAGAGACCGGUUCAGCAGCAGCAGCUUUAUGUCCACACGACGUUCCACUUUGACAAGCCAGUCCUCAGAGACCAGCUGCAACCUGCACCGUGCCGGGAAGACACGCUUGUCCUCUGUGUCUGACAGCGAGUCGGGCUGGACGGACACAGAGGCAGAUCUCUCCAGCACGAGUUCACGUCCUGCUAGUCGUCAGGUCUCAUCUGACAUCCGUAAAGAUUUGUCAGACUUCAAGCACACCGGCUCUCUGAGGCUGAAGGUCAAGAGCAGAGACUCGGGUAUCUUUGACAGAACCUCGGCCCAAAGUCUAGCUGAGCCAAACUUGAAUCGGACCUGCACAUACAUCAGCACGUUGGGUGACAAAGAUGAGAUCUCAAUGGCUGAGGUCAGCCUGUCCAGUUGUCUCUCGUCCUCUGCAAACAUAGUCUCAGAGAACGUUGAUGAGAAAAGACCGUUGGCUCGGAUCCCUUCCAUCAUUGUGACGUCAGAGUCCAGUCCUGCUCUCCUCUCAGAAGGUCGCAGCGGCGGCCCAUCCAGACAGCUUCCAGGUGCUUCGGUGGAGGCAGCCUCUGUCACUGCGGAAGCUGCUGGAAUUGACUGAAUACGGGCAGCACAACCACUUAUUUAUACUUCAGGACACCAUCUUAACAGACUCUUGGUCAUCUGACUUAUCCCUUCCUCCUUUUUGUCUCCUUUACACAGGGCUCCAAAAUGAACCUGCAUGCAGUUACAGCUGACACCUGAAAUUUGGCUGUGUUGUAUUUGUUGUACUUUUGCCUGUUUUGAGGUGGAAAAUGGGCAACCACAGGCUAUACGGGGUAAACAGGGUCUUUAUUUUUACAAGAGGACACCCUUUAAGGCUUAUUUCAGUGGUGUGGAGAUGAUCCUCUCCUCUCAGGGAAGAAUAUGACAGUUCUGUGGGAUUGACACUGCUCAGAAUAUGUAUUCAGAUACAUCCAUCCCUGCGUCAUCCAUAAAAAGGUUGUGCUGUAGGCCAUAGGAAUAAACAGUUCCCUGCGUCUGCACAAGAUCAAAAACAACACAAGAUGUGACUUGAAGAUUCAAACACCUAGUUUUUACAUUUCGGUCCAUGAAAUGUAGAGCCCUGUCUACAGGAGUAAUCACUCUAGGACAGAAAAGUGGAUAUUUUAAUGUUUCUUUAAAGGUAAAGUGUAUAAUUUUUUUAUGUGUGUAUAUAUAUAUAUAUGUAAAAAUAUUUUAACUGUAAUGGCUGAUAAAUGAUAAACGGAUGGUACUUUACUACUUCAUCGAAAUAUAUUAAAAAUAAAACAAUAAAAAACUGAAAUCAGUCAUUAUGAAUGAUUAAAGUGAAUUUAGGCAUCAUAAUGUCUAAAAAUAUAUAUAAAUUUUCAGAUUUGAUAAAGAUUACAUUUAUCAAUGCUUUUAACAAAUUGACUUUACCUUUGCUGUUAUCUACGGUUUACUUAAUCUAAAUGUAAAAACAGGAAAAAUCUUUCAUUUUAACUGAAAGAUAACUGAUAUGGUACAGAUUAUUAUGCAACUCUAAUUAAAAAAUAAAUAAAUAAAAAUUAAAUAAAAUUAAACUCUUCAGCUUCGAGUUUGAGGUAUUCCUGCCAACAUCAUAAUAAAUCAAGCACUUUGAGAACCAAUUACAUCUUUCUUGCU